UUUAAGCCAACAACAACAACAACAGCCACUAAUCGAAACCGGGCUAAAAAGAAAAAAACAACAACAAAAACAGACAACAUGGCUCACACACAUCUGGCCAGGGCGGUCAAAAACAUCGAGGCGCCACGUCCGCUCAAGACACAAUCGCGUUCAUCGCUGAAGAACAGCUACCUGGUAAUCGAGGAGCUGAUUCAGUUGAUCGACAAUGUGACUGUCGGUCUGCAAUCAUGCAAUACGACAACCGAAUCGAUAACGCUGCUGCUGCAUAAUUUGCGGGUCCAUGGGCCUCAGCUGGAGGCGGUGUCCAAGGAUACGCUGGAUCGUGCAUUCGUUGUGUUUCGCAAUGCUUCGCAGGACGAACGUCUGAACAUAAUGACACGACUCAAGCUUCUCGAACUGAUCGAACUGCGCGCCAACAGCUGGGAGGACAAGGACACGAUCGCCUACUACAAGUCCAAGCAACAAGUGUCCAGCGUUGAGCUGCCUGCUGAAACAUAUCAACACGAUGCUGCCGGCGUCGUUGGCAACCAGCAACAGGCCUUUCUGAGCACCUCCCCCACAUUUGGUGUCACCGGCUCCGGUUUGGGUGUACUUGUUGGCGGCGCGGCUGCUGCUGCUGCUGCUAAUGCGGCUGCGUUCAAUGCGGCAACCGCUGCUGCCGCCGCACAGGCAGCGGCUAUUGCCGCCGUGGGCUCACCCAACCAGCAGCAUCUGCUGUUGCCACCCGGUGAGGUUAUACGCAAUUCGGGCAAGUUUCCGAAGCCAACCAAAAUUCCGGGCAAGACCUAUUGCAAGGAUGAGGUGGUCAUACGCAACGCCGACUCUGGCAAGGUUAUGGGCAUUAAGGGCCGACGCGUACACAUGAUCGAGGAACUUAGCGAAACUAUAAUAUCCUUUCAAAGAGUCAACCCUGGCGCCAAGGAACGUCUAGUGCAGAUUACCGGACCAGCCGAAGACAAAAUUAACUACGCCAAGCAACUGAUGGAGGAUACCAUACGACGAAACGCUUCGCCGGUGCGCCUGGAGCCAGCACCAUCGGCUGGCGGCACAGGCGGCUCCUGUUCAUCGCUCAACUCCUCCAAUUCGGAUGACGCCGUUGCGGUGCAGCCGCGCACACCCGGCGCCAGCAGCAGCCUGUCCAAUCGCUUGAGCUUCAAUUCGGCGCAGAAUUUCAUGACCGCCACGGCUGCGGCCCAUCAAAUGUCGCAGCACCAUCAACAGCCGCAGCAGGGACAGCAGCAGCAGCAGCAUCAUCAUCACCAUCACCAUCAGCAGCAGCAGCAGGCUGCCAAUGCGGCUGCUGCGGCGGCGGCUACAGCUGCUGCCGGUAAAGUUAUGCGUCCCAAUCAGCAGCUGCUAAUGCAUUCAUAUUCCACAAACGAUGCUUCCGUAGGUGAAUACAAAUUCACGGUCAAUGUGGGCCAGCAUCUCAUCAAGAUUACGGGCGACUGUUGCGAGCUAGUCCGUGUGGCCAAACUCGUCUUGGACGACUAUUUCAGCAGCUCUGAGUUCUUGGCUUCCAUGGAGGCGGGCGCCGCUUUUGAUGGCACCUCCCUGGUCAGUCCGGUGACAACGCCCUCCACACCGCUGCCCGGCUCUGGACCACCGCAGUUUAUGCUGAGCAACGCGCUGCCGCUAGCCGAUAGCGGCAUUGGUCUCAACUAUGCGGCUGGACAGGCGAACAAUAACGGUGAUGGUGAUGAUGAAGUGUUUGCCGAGUCCAAUGGCAGCAGCAGCAAUCAGAAUGGUCUGGCGCGAUCGCGUCGCAGUCAUUUCUCACGCAAGGAAUCCACACCGGAAGUGAAGGCAGCACGCGAAAAGCUCGAAGAAGACGGCGCUGUCAAUCUAAAGACGAAUAACUCACGCGUCUCAUAUGAUAUUGAACAUUUGAUGUACUAUUCGAAGAGUCCGCACGCCUGGGCGCUGCCCAUCGAGUGGCUGAAAAUGCUGGAGACUGUGCCUUCGAUACUACGCAAUAAGGUAAUUCCCCCAGUUGAGAUGCACUCAAAUGCUUCCACUGCGCCCGGUGCUGGUCGCGAUAUCAUUUUUGCACAUAACUCAUCAUUAACAACAACUAGUAUUACCACAACAACAACAACAACUACAACAACAUCCACAGCAAGUAACGGAGUGGCAGCAGUCAAUCAAUACCCCAUUAACGAAUGUGAUCCCAUUAAUAACAUCCCCAACGCUAGCAAUCAUAACUGUGUAAUUAACAAGCAACAUAUAUCAUACGAACGGGACAGUAUGCACAUGAACAAUCGCAAGCCAUCCUCUGAAUCAGAUCGUAAACUAUAUAACAAGCAAUUGCAAAUCAUAACGAAUACAAUGGGCGCAGCUGCCACAGCCGGCAAGCGGCAACAACAACAACAACAGCAGCAGCAGCAGUUGCAGCUGAAGGCUAUAUUUCAGCGUUAUAGCGAGAACGACGAGUUCUCGCUGGCCAUGUGUGAUGUCUACUCCGGCGAGGAGCUUAACAACAAUCGUGCGCUUAUUUAAAACUAAAAUAAACUCAACAUUUACGCAGCUAUUGAUAUAUUGGUAUUUUUGCCCCAACAGAUGCGUAAAAUUUCAUAUAAAACAUUGACAAAAAAGAAAAACAAUUAUUAGAACUUAAAGCAAUACAAAAGCAAUCCAUAAAAGCUGAAUGCUCAGUAUUAUAUAUAUUAUAAUUAACGAAAACUAAGCCAGGCAACUAUUUGCUAGUCCUAGACAUUAAACACACAUUAUGUUAAAUUUAAAUACUUAAAACAAAAAGCAUUUACAAAUUUAUUUUGUAACUUUAAAAUGGAAUCUGUAUUUUGGCUGUGAAGCAGAUUUAGUGUUCGCUAGAGUUUAAAACUAAAAAAGUUGCCGGUCAACCCGUUUUGUAGUGCCCGGACAAGCCCACAUUAACACCCACACACACACAUCCAAACACACACCUUCACACGCAUUGUAAUUUAAUGUUUAACAAGACUAAUAACAAUUUCAAUUGCAACAUUUAGGCUUAAAUGUAACCUAGCUGUAAGCGUUUUUUCCAUACAUAACCCAUUAAACUUUAUAUAUAUAUAUUA